UGACAUUGUUGUGGUCUUCAGUGAGUGACUAGGGUAGCUCUAACACUCACUCUUUGGAAUUCAGAUGAGAUGGCAUUGGCUGCUGAAUAGAGUGGGAUGAUGGAAGGAGUCCUUAGAGCAGAAUGGUCCCAGGUGACUAACACUGCAGUGGUCCUCAUAGCUGUCUCAAGAGGGGCAACUGUGGACUCGUCCCCUCACCCCCCUACCCCCAGAUGAUUCUGAUCCCUUGUUGCUGCCUAUAUACAUUGGGUUAGUUUAUCAAACUGUACCCUUAUUCCCACUGUCACCUUGUCCCCAUUUUCUUUUCUCUUUCAGUGAUAUGGUAAGAAACAGCUAAGACUAGUAUUUGAUCUGGCAAGGAAACUGGAAUCGUGACUGGGAAGUCUUUCCCUGUGAAAUGUACCAGCAUGGUUGGAUCCUUCCAACAGGACCACCUCUUCACCCUCUCCCUUCCCUUCUUCCAGGACAGAAGCUUCCUUUCUACUCUUUGGAGGCAUUCCACGGGCAGUCCAGUCCAGGAGGGAACAGGGCUCUGUGGUCCCCACCAGGCCUCCAUGUAUAUAAGGUUCUGGCUGGUGUGGACCAUCAUCAUUAUCCUGAGCUGCUGCUGCGUCUGCCAUCACCGCCGAGCCAAGCACCGCCUUCAGGCCCAGCAGCGGCAACAUGAAAUCAACCUGAUUGCCUACCGGGAAGCCCACAAUUACUCAGCGCUGCCAUUUUACUUCAGGUUUUUGCCAAACUAUUUACUACCUCCUUAUGAGGAAGUGGUGAACCGACCUCCAACUCCUCCCCCACCAUACAGUGCCUUCCAGCUACAACAGCAGCAGCUGCCUCCUCAGUGUGGCCCUGCAGGUGGCAGCCCGCAGGGCGCUGAUCCUCCCCGGGGCUCCCAGGGGGCACAGAGCAGCCCCUUGUCUGGAUCAAGCCGAAGCAGUACAAGACCUCCGAGCAUCGCUGACCCUCAGCCCUCUGACAUGUUAGCUGACCAAGCAGCCACCAAAGUCCUUGGAAUGGAGCCCAGUGGCUCAGUGGCUGGCCUUGGGGAGCUGGACUCACCGGCCUUCCUGGACAGGGAUUUGGAAUGUAAAGAGGAGCUGCUGAAAGAUUCCAGCUCAGAGCAUGGCAGCGCACUCUCCGACAGCAAAGACAAGACGCCAAGCAGACAUCGCCGGUUCACAGGCGACUCAGGCAUUGAGGUAUGUGUAUGCAAUCGGGGCCACCAUGACGACGAUCUCAAAGAGUUCAACACACUCAUCGAUGAUGCUCUGGAUGGGCCCCUAGACUUCUGUGACAGCUGUCACGUGCGGCCUCCUGUUGAUGAAGAGGAAGGGCUCUGCCUGCCUUCUGAGGAGCAUACUCAAGAGCCUGGCCACCCCCACCUGCCCCGGCUGCCUGCGUGCCUGCUGCUGAAUACCAUCAAUGAACAGGACUCACCAAACUCGCAGAGCAGCAGCUCUGCCAGCUAGAGCAGGCCCUGCCUGCACCCAAGAACUUGACAAGCAACCAGGGUAGGGGAGACCUACGAGAGAAGCAUUAAGUGACUUUCAGAAGUGGAACAGCCACUUUGUCAUUUUCCCCCCUACUCUCCUGCAUUUCCCAUGUCUCCAGGUACAAAUUCAGGGCGUACCUCCUCUCCCCCACAAAAGCACAGUGUUGUAGAAGACUGAGAAUCCAGUUCUGUGACUCAUUCCUCAUCCCCUUUUCAAAGUUGUAUCUCACCUAUCUGCUUGGCUCAGAGAUGUGUAUGCCCCGAGAUGGUUCUCAGUGAUGGAGUGGAUUUAUGCUCUGAGUGUUAAGAGAACUUCACUGUAUCUCUGUCUGGGAAAGGUGGUUUAACUUGGCCCUGAGUGAAGAAGGAAACCCUCAGAGGCCUGGGGUUGGCACCUCUGGCUGCCAGUGUCUGCAGAACUGGCAUUGGGCUAAUUCAGUGGGAGGGUGAGGCAUUGGACAGGUUGGUAGGGGACUUGUUGAUCUCUCGAAUUCCAGGAGAAAAGUACGGCCCUGUCUGUGGUAGAGGGGCCCCUGCCCAGCUGGCUCUGGCUGGCUGGUUCAGGUGUAGAAGAUUAUGCUGUGUUCUCUUUGUGUUUUCUUUAAAAAACAAGUAACAAAAGCCAGCUACAAACAGGCAAGACUUCUUUUCUGAAUAAGGGAAGUCUGAGAGUGUCCCCCAAGUUGGGCUUCAAAGAUCCUGGCUACCAUUGAACCAGGAGGAGAGAGUGUGAAUGGGCUUGGGUGGUGGUAGCUCUGGACCUAUGAGCAGGAGGCCCUAAGCCUGACAGUGGGCAGAGGUAUAGCUUCUUCCACUUCUGCCCUUUGUCUAUUCCUAUAGAUGAGCAAUGGUCCCCUUGUUCAUCCUGAGCAGUCUGCAGGUUCUGUCUCUCCCUGUCCUCUGUGAACAGAUGAACUGAGGAACCUGUGGGUCCUGAAUGAGGCAGCCCUAUAGCCCUGGCUCAAACACAGUGUUUCCUCUCUGAGUUUCAAUAAGUCUAUUGUUUAUGUGUUUGUUUGUUUUAAACUUGACCACUUGGAAGAAAUACCUUGGUUAUCUGUGGUUCUCAUGGCCUGCCCCUACCCCUAGCCCAUCGGAGUCAGGUGACUCGCUUUCCUGAAGCCUGUGUGAAGAGUCUUGGGGGCCUGGGAGAGAGGUGAUAGACACCCCCUGCGUGACUGCAAGAUCCUCGUUACUGUAGUUUGGCUUAGGAGAACCAGUCAUGCUUUGAUAGGAAAACUCUAAAAGGAGCAUGUAAGCUGCCACAAUGAACAUUCCCCAUCCAGCCCUGCUCAUAUGAAGAGUUUGGGUUCCUUCCCUACUCUUGAACGAUGAUAUUUAUUCAGACUAGGCAUUGACAUUAUGAUAAGAAAAAAGGAAAUACACACACACACACACACACACACACACACACACACACACCACACACACACACACACACACGAAAGAAAGAUCCAAGGGUAUAAGGUGAGCGAAUAUCUGUGUUUGGAUGCCACAAACCAAAACCCUUGUCGAACAAAAGUGAAGUCUAUACACAGUGACUUCGGAUGGUGUGUGUGUGUGUGUGUGUGUGUGUGUGUGUGUGCGCGUGUGUGUGUUGUAUGUGGCCCUAAGCCCUGUAUUCCCGUGAAGAUACUUUGAAUGGCAGCCAGCCUGCUCACAUUAACCACAUGUCUGGAGCACAUAUGGCUCUCUCAAGGUAAUUUAUUUUACGCAUUUACUGUUUACCGAACAAAUGUCUGACUGUCCUCGGUGUAUUCAGCAGCCUCGUUUGUGUUUGCCAGCGGCGCUGCUCCAGGGAGGUUUCUUACUUAGCUCAUCACUGCAAUUUGCACAUUGCUCCAUGGACACUCAGAGACCUGCAUUCUGUUCCCUGUAUGUGGAAACAUGCUCCGAACCUGUCUGCCUCCCUCUGCUUUCAGACAGAAGCUUGACUGAGUCUUCGGUGACAAGCUUGGACUGGUUGUGGCCCAGACAUCGACCUGCCCAGGAUUGCAGGAGUCUCUGUCAGAUGUGUUGGUGUCACAAGCACGCACCUCCUCCCUCAGGUCCAGCAGGUUGGUGAGUGGCCAGAGGGGCCCAAGUGCUACAGCACCCCUCAUGCAUCACUCCUGCCACCUCCUUCAAAUCCCCAACAACUCACUGAAGUGUCUCAGAGGAGAACAAGAUGUACCAAAACAAAUUCCUCUCUGGUUAAUUGAGCAAAUGAAUGAGGUGGGACCCUCUCAAGUUUCUUUCCCCAGGUAGAAUGGGGACUGGCCUGAGUGUUGACUGACUUCACUGAAGCUCCCACCAUGAUGGCCAAGCCACAGUCUGGCCCCUGUUGCUCAGAGAGAGGGCAGGAAAUAGGGAGAGUUGGGGCCAGGGAUACUUGACUGAGUUGGGGUUUCCAGGUGAACAGGAAGGAAGGGGUUGGCUGAGGGUUUGGUGCUACGGUCAGAAGAUCUGCAGAUGUUAACACAUUCCUGUGUGAGGCAUAUCACCGUUUGUCAGUUAUUGUGAAUAUGUGUAUUUUAAGCAAUAAGAUUCAGCUGGUCAGACUUUUCUGGGCAGUCUCGGUGACGCAUUUCCUGUGCUGUGAUUGUUCUGAAGACAGAGUGGCUUUAACCACUGUGAGAAGCCCAAAUAAAAAUCAGUCCCAAACAUC